CAGACCUUUCUGUCAGAGUCCGGUCAACUGAUGCUCAGAGAUCAUCGGAGUGCGCCGCCCCUCUUCCUCCAAUUAAAACUGCGGGCGUGAAACUUCUUUGUUUUGUUAGCUGCUCGCCUACGUCAUCAAGAGCGUCGGGUGGAUUUUUCGUGGCCUCAUUUGGAAAAGGUAGGAGCGGGAUAGAGACUGAGGUAGCUCUUGACUUGGGACCAGAAUCUCUGUUGCUAAUCAUGGCUGCUGUGAGUUUUGAAGAAUUUUCAGUGCCUCCCGGCUCAGAGCUGGCAUUGCCUCCUCUUUUUGGUGGAAAUAUCCUAGAAAGUGAAUUAGAAACUGAGGUGGAAUUUGCUGAUGGAGGGAUACCAGAAGACGAAGAAGAGGAGGAUAUGUUGCGGCAACAGGAGAUGACUCGACGGAAGUGUCAAGCGCUUGCCCGACGAUGCAAGGAGUUAGAACAGGUGAAUGAGAGAAUGUUAAACCGGCUCCAUCAGGUCCAGAGAAUAACACUGCGUCUCAAACAGGAAAGGAGGUUUCUCAUGAGAGUUUUGGAUUCCUAUGGUGACGAUUACAGACAAGGCCACCUUGAUAUUGUCUUGGAGGAUGAUGGAAUCCAGAGUGCAGAUGUUGCAACUCCCAGCAAUGCAGAGAAUGAGCCCUGUGAGAAAGAAACCUCCAGGUGUCUGCCUGCCCAAGAGCCAGACAGCCUCUCCCCUAGCGAAGGCCCCGUCAGCAAGAAACGGCGACGUCAUCUGCGUGAGGAGAAGGAAGGGAGGAUGCGUCGAGCAGCCCCAACAUUGCUACCCAUGGAGGAAUUUCCUGUGCAGAUAAAAUCUGAAGAAGAUUUCCAGUGUGAACAGGAUGAUGUUCUCGGCUCUGCCUGGCAACAAUCCAGUCCCCAGGACAAGUUACUCCAUUACUCAAAGUUUCCCAGCCCUGGUGCCUGUUCUGAUUUUGACUGAGGCUGGCCACUCAUCUAAGGGUGUAUAUAUACCCAUGUGGCAGCUAGGCUGGCCAUCAGGGUGCCCGAGAAGAUGAAAAUUCCUUCUUUCCUUAGAUAUCAACCAGCAUCUAAGGAACAGCAGGACAUCAACCCCACCUGACUCCUCAACUCUAACCCAGUGAAAGAUUAUCUGAAUUGCUGGGAGUGGGGGAAGUGGUAGAAGUGGCAAUGGAGUUUUAAGCAAGGAACAAAACUUUGGAGUCUGUGUAAGAAUAUUCAGUGGAUUAGCCUGAGUCCCACAAUGGACUCAACUUAUGUUUUUUUUUUAAUUUGCAUUUAUAUCCCACCCUUCUCCAAAGACUCAGGGGGGCUUACACUAUGUUAGCAAUAGUCUUCAUCCUAUUUGUAUAUUUAUAUACAAAGUCAAUUUAUUGCCCCCAACAAUCUGGGUCCUCAUUUUACCUACCUUAUAAAGGAUGGAAGGCUGAGUCAACCUUGAGCCUGGUGGGACUAGAACCUGCAGUAAUUGCAGGCAGCUGCUGUUAAUAAGAGGCCCCAAACUUUGUCCAUAAACUUUGAAUGGAGAAGCCAAUUUUGAGCAGAAACAUUUCUACCCUUUCAAGAUUGAGGAAGGUCCCUUUUGAGAGGUCAGUGUUCAGUCUUCCCACAUUGCCCUUCUGGUGGGAAAGGGGACAAGUGGUUCUUGUGCAUUAGAAAGUGCACAGAAAACAGCCAUUGCUGCGUUCUACCAUGUCGUUUUCUGUGGAUGUUCUUGGGUGGAAAAACCACGUGUUGAGGGAAGGCUGAGUUCAUGUAAUCUUUCUUCGAGGCUUUUAACUGUGUCCUGAUCUAUGGCAACAUGAGAUCCAGCAUGAUUAAAAGGCCAAUUUAAGUCUGUAUGAAAGGAAAUAAUUUCUGUGCUGUUGACCUGGGUAUUUAUGCAAAUUGUUUUAUGUGUCAGUUUAAGAACUUAGCAUAUCUUUGCCAGUCCAGAAGAGAGCAAGAACUAGCACCCUUUUCCUGUCGUUUCCUCCUCAAGGAAACAUCCAGAGUUUCAAGAUUUUCCCGCUAGCCAUAAGGACCAGAAACUCCCCCCCUCCCCAUAUAAUCUCAAGCUAGGAAUGGUAAUAUUUGGACGAACCAUACUUUGUGGUCUAAUUGCAUUUUUAGAUUUUGAAGGGUUACAGAAAUACAACUGAGCAACCUUCAAGCGUAUGGCUUUUACUUUGUGGCAAGAUUUGAAUGAGGUAUUAAACCAAUCAAACUUGA